AUGCCGCGUCACUACACCCCGAAGGAGGUUCGCGCGCACUGCUUUGAAGAUGAUGCGUUUGUCUCUGCCAACGGCAAGGUUCUAGACAUCACUCCGCUUAUUCAGCGGUACCAGGGCACCCGUUUUGCCAGCCUGGUGCAGCCACUUAUUCGCGCUGCCGGCACCGACAUCUCGCAUUGGUUUGACAAGAAAACAAUGGACCUGAAGACGUGCAUUGACCCCGAGACGGGGUUUCGCACGUAUGCGCAGCCGUUCGGUCGUUUUGCCCACAUACCAACGGUUCUCCCGGAUAGCAACAUUGACCUUAGCUACGAGGUGCCAUGGUGGAAGGACGAGCAGUACGUCAUUGGCAACCUUACCUGCAAGACACGUAAGAUACGUGUCAUCAACACCCUCAAUAGUGCUGAGCACACACUGGAGGUGUGCGCAGAGGAGACGCUUUUUGAGAUUGUUACUACCCGCUACCUCGCAUAUAAUGCACACGCCCUGAGCUACACCUGGCGUCGCCACGACCCGGAUGGGCGCGACCUUGACAUGAACAAGACGCUUGACGAAAAUGGCGUCCUUGAGGAGUCCGAGGAGUUUGAGUCUCUAGGACUGAACGCGGAUUUCUACAUUCCUGCGUUGCACCUCUACUACGACGAUGACCUAACGGAGGCGUAG